UCUGACCUCUGUGAUUGCCAACAAGGGUUUUGCCACCAAGUACUAAGUCAUGUUUUGCAGAGGGGUCAAAUACUUAUUUCCCUCAUUAAAAUGCAAAUCAAUUUAUAACAUUUUUGACAAGCGUUUUUCUGGAUUAGGGUUAAUGGUAGAUAAACCUACCAUUAAAAUUAUAGACUGAUAAUUUCUUUGUCAGUGGGCAAAUGUAAAAAUCAGCAGGGGAUCAAAUACUUUUUUCCCUCACUGUACGUGGGCAAUGUACAGUUUGUCUGAUUUGGCAACUGAUGUGCAAGCGGCUUCAGGAAUCUGUUGUAAAUCGCCACCCAUUCAGUGUAAUUGUAGAGGCAAAAUAUUAAGGUUGUAAAAUGCAUCUGUUUAGAUUAGGCUAAACAUGAUUUAUUUGGGUAUUCACAUAAAAUUGUCCACAUACCAUUAUGUUCCUUUUUCUAUGAGUGUGCUGCUAUAAGGUGUUCUAGGAAAUAAGAACUGAGAAGGGUAUAAAGGUAACUUACACUGAGUAAAUAAAAAUAUGCUGCUGAACAAGUACAAACUAUUGACAUAAACUGGAUGGGAUUUCCAUUUUGGGUGGCCAAAAUAUCUUGUCCUGACUUGCUGUUUUGUCCUGAAUGAGUUUAAGCUUUUGGGUUUAUUUGAAAUGGCUUCUCAAAUCACAAAAAAAAUAAUAAUAAUUUGUCAAAGGUAGAAAAGCUGUAGAUGUUUCAACAUUGUAAGCUAUGCGUAUUUCCAAACAAGUGAACACUUGUAUUGCAUGAUGGAGUGUUAAAGGGGACCCCAUAUCAAAUUGAGAAAAUAGAGAUGGUGAAACAUAAAUGCUGCUUUAUACUGUGUGCCUUGAUGUUGCAACACGAUGUUGAUACCUGUCAACUGUUGUGCAGGAAGCUGCAUGCUCCCCAGCAAGACGUCUAGGCUACACAAUCUUCCCCGCAACUAUGUCUCGUUUAAGUUCUCCGCUUGUUUACUUACUUUACGAGUUUACCUACUCCUAAAUUACUUACACACCUUCACCUAAUUCGGCUUUGAUGGGCUGUUUGCCAGGUUAUUGUGUAAACAGACGGAAAGGAGUGGAGAGAGGCGUUCCCAGAGGGCGAAACGCAGGUGAGAGGUUUGAGUUUCACGCUCCUCGGGAAGUGUUAUAAUUGAACCUGGGAGUUCAUCUGCCAGUCAUUGAAAUUGGCAGCGCACUAAACUAAUCGCAAAGUUUUUUAAAGUAUACGGCUUGUGUGACUAUGCAUGUUUGCAUCAGGAUUGUUGAGCAGGAGUUUAAGCACGAGUGGCGCAUUUUGUCUUUGUCACCCCAAGACGACGUGCGUAUUAUUUCGUGGAUUUAGACGUUCCUUCUCUUCAGACUGCCAGACGCCGCGGGAAGUGGGUGAUGUUGAACAUGGAGGAUUUGAAAGCUCCUGUCAGAUUUUUCCACAAGUCUUCAUUCAGCAUCAGCAGCCUGCUGUUUCGACGAGAGGGAGUGAUGAGUGAUGACGGUGCCGUGCUGGAUGGGCAUCUUUCCAGAAAACACAUUUCUUCGGGGCCAUCUACUAGGCCUAAAGAAGUUUGUGCUCAAGAUGGAACAUACGAUUUACAUGGAGACAAGAAUUGUCAUAAAGAAUACGCAGUCCAAGAAGACAAACGACUCUCCAGAAAUGGAAAAAGGGAAGACGGAGAAGAUACCGAUGGAGUGGGAGAGGUGAAGACAUCUGGAGGAGUAGAGGGAAAAGCUAAACCGGAGAAACCUCCUUUCAGCUAUAACGCAUUGAUAAUGAUGGCUAUUCGCCAGAGCCCGGAGCGAAGGCUUACCCUCAACGGCAUUUACGAGUUCAUCAUGGGCAACUUCCCUUACUAUCAAGAAAAUAGACAAGGAUGGCAGAAUUCAAUCCGGCAUAACCUGAGUUUGAACAAGUGCUUCGUCAAAGUACCUCGCCAUUAUGAUGACCCAGGCAAAGGCAACUACUGGAUGCUUGACCCUUCAAGCGAGGAUGUGUUCAUAGGUGGCACAACUGGUAAACUCCGGCGCCGUUCCACGGCGGGCACCCAGACAAAGCUGGCAAUAAAACGGGGUGCCCGUUUGACCUCCACCACUGCCGCAGGGCUGGCGUUCACUGGGUCCUUUUAUUGGCCGGUGCCAUCGUUUCUAAACAUUCAACCUCCUGCGAACUCACACUCGGGCAUGGGGUCAUGUGUAGGGCCCAAUCACUCCAACUAUGCCACCUCGAUCCUUUCUCAACGGUCACACCACAUGAGUGCCAUAAAUGCUGGAGCAGACCGACUCUUCCAAACAAACCAGGAGUCAUCGUAUUUUGGCAUGGGUGCAGGCGCGCAAUACCGUCGUCAUCACCAAAUGAGCGCAGCCACAACAUUCGCCUCUUCAUCGUUGCCAUGCACUUUGUCUCUCCCUAACCCUUGUUCCUUUAACUUGCUCAACCGACAAGCUAGUUAUUUUUACUCGCAUCACCAGGUACCCCACCCGGCGACAUUCAAUACAUGGUGCCAGGAUGAGUACCCCUCAACCAAGGCAUCUCCAGCCGGACCGAUUUACUCCGGAAAAAAUGGGCCAUCGGAUUGCUUGGGGAGUUUGUGUGCGGAGUUCCCUAAUUAUUUUCCCUCAAUCAGCCCCAUGAGCUCCCUCAACACCAAUCUUUCUUGGGAUGCAGGGAAAUGACCAUAUUUAAAUUAAAAACGUCAGUUUCUCUUUAUGGAUUACAUCUUUCUAAUGUCUACCAAUGCUGCGAAAUGUAUUCAAAUAAUUGAUGUGAGUUUGCUAUUUCCCAAAUAGGCAUAUCUGUCUUUGGACAGAAAACAAUUAUUUAAUAUUUUUUAAAUAAUUGCCACUCACGCUUUAAUGUGCAAUUUAAUCUAAACGUAUCAACAACAAAAAAACGCCAUUCACCAUUAAAAUUGUUUUCAGUGCAACAGCCUAUAAUAAUGUUGUAUUAUUUCACGAAUAAUUAAUGGUCAAUAUUUGUGGUGCGUUCAGAUCAUUCAAAAAUAUAUAUUUCUUUCGUUAGUAUUUUAUUUUGUAUUUUAAUAGACCACUAACUAUACAUCACAAGAUGAAGAGAGAUGAGAAAAUGAUGCUGUAUUUAAAUUUUUGCGCAUGAAGUAAGAGUUUCAUAAUGAGGAAUAAUGUCGUGAAAAUAACAAACUAUUUGGUAUCUGUGAAGGUAAUUAUCAUGGUCGAGGUUGUUAAUUGCAAGAUUUUGCAUCAUCGUUUAGGCUACUUUUACAAACAGGCUAAACCAUCACUCUCUGAAGUUUGUAUUCGUUUUUUUCGUUAUUGGUGUUAUAACUUCGUUUUGCGAUUCGUAGGCCUAGUUCUUAGGGAUGUGGGCUACAUGAAACAUUAACCAUUUAAUGAAAAAAUGUUUUUUUUUUUAAAUGAAAAUAUCUUGUCCGACUGUGUUCCAUAGGUGCUCUCCAGAUAUUUCCAUUAAUAUGACAUAUCUUCUGACAACUGGAUGUGUUUUAACAAUUCACUGUUAUUAUCUUAAAACAAACUUGAAAGAACAAUUGUCUUCAUAAAUGUCCUCUAUCAAUCUUAUUGUAUAUAGCCUCGUUAUUGUUAUUCUUAUUGUGUUACUUUUUAUUAUUACUUUUUAUUUGAGUCU